UCAUUAUCAGCAUCAACAUCAACAUCGACAUCAUCAUCUGAUACAAUCAUGUUAAAUUCGCUGAAAAAUGAUUUAAUCCGAUCAACAAAUAAUCAAAAUGAUGAUGAUAAUGAUAAUGAUAAUGAUGAUUUCAAAGAACCAGCAACAACAAUUACAUCUGAAUCUGGUAUCGAUGAUGAUUAUGAAUCAACAUCAUCAUCAUCAUCUGAACAAUGUCCAACAAAAUAUUUGCCUACAUUGGAAGAAUUUUAUGAUGGUCAAUCUAUUUUUAUUACAGGUGGUACUGGAUUUGUUGGUAAAGUUUUGAUUGAAAAAUUACUUUAUGAAUUUCCAACAUUGAAUAAAAUUUAUAUUAUGUUACGGCCAAAAUCUGGUCAAUUAAUACGUCGACGAUUAGAAGAAUUAACCGAAUGUCAAGUAUUCGAACGUAUACGUCGACAAUAUCCAGAAAGAUUACAAAAACUUUAUGCCGUUAGUGGUGAUAUUCGUUAUCCUGGAUUGGGUAUCAAUCCAAUCGAUUUACAAACAAUUCGCGAUAAUGUUUCAAUUAUUUUUCAUUCAGCUGCAACGAUUCGUUUUGAUGAACCAUUAAAAUAUGCUCUAUUAAUCAAUACAUUGGGUACAAAACGUGUUGUACAAUUGGCAAAAAAAUUGAAAAAUCUUCGAUCAUUUGUACAUGUUUCCACUGCAUAUUGUACGGUAAAUAAACAAAAAAUUGAUGAAUGUGUUUAUUUUGAACCAAUAUCACCGGAUAAAAUACUUGAAAUGGCCGAUUGGAUGAAUGAUGAUACUAUGAAUCGAUUAUCUGAAACAUUAUAUCGUGGUCGACCAUGUUCAUAUCAUUAUACAAAAUCAUUGGCUGAACAUUUAUUAGCCGAAGAAGUGGCAAAUGGUUGUUUUUAUCCAUCAACUACCACAUCCAAUACAACUAUAGAUGAUGAUGAUAAUAUUGAAUCAAAUGAUAUUAUAUGGCGACCAUUUCCAGCCGCAAUUGUUCGACCAUCAAUUAUAACACCAUCAUUGAAUGAACCAUUUCCCGGUUGGGUAGAUAAUUAUAAUGGAUUUACUGGAUUUUUAGUCGUAAGCGGUAAAGGUAUUCUACGUUCAAUGAAUGUACAGAAAGAAUAUCAAUGUGAUCUAAUACCGGUGGAUGUGGUCAUUAAUACAUGUAUACUAUCAUCAUGGUAUGUUGCUGUUCAUCAUUAUAAACAUUCAAAAUUUCCACCAACAUUAACGACAACCGCAACAACAACAACAACGUCAACAACUACAAAUAAUCGUAAAUGUUUGGAUAAUAAUGAAAUAUUUGUCGUAAAUUGUGUGACUGGUUCACACAAUCCGGUCACAUGGAAUCAAUUACGAGAUAUUUCAAUGCCAUUAAUGUGCCGUUAUCCAUCGAUGGAAAUGUUUCGUGUACCGAAUGUUCGAUUUCAUCGUUCGAAAAUGUUGAACCAAAUCAAUGUAUAUCUUGAACAUACGAUACCGGCAUUUGUUGUCGAUUUUCUUUUCAAAUUUAUGGGUUUUACACCGAUAUUGGAUCAAGUUUAUCAAAAAGUUCAUCGUGUUACGGAUGCAUUAGAAUUUUUUACAACAAAUGAAUGGACAUAUACUGGUAAUAAUAUGUUACGUUUAUUAGAAGCAGCUGAAGAUGUUUAUCGUAAUCAACGUAAAAAUGAUGAAAAUUUAUAUGGAAAAAAACAACAAAAACAAUCGACAAUGAUGAUGAAUAAUGUAUCGGAAAGAUUUCCGAUCGAUAUGCGAAAAUUAAAUUGGCCAGAUUAUUUUCAUGAUUAUAUAUUGGGCGUACGAAGAUUUCUAUUGAAAGAAGAUCCAGCCACUAUACCACGUGCACAGAAUCAAUUAUUCUUAAUCUAUACUGGUACAAUGAUGGCUAAAAUUCUAUUCACCGGAACCGUAUGCUAUCAGCUUGCCUAUCCACAAUCAAUAGUACGACAAUCAUUAAAAAUGCUAAACACUAAGACAAAUAAUCAAUAUCUAACAUCAAACAAUAUUUUAUCCACGAUUCAAUCAUUGUUUUCCAUACCAAUGUUGUCAACAAAUAAAUGAACAAAAAUAGACAAAAACACUUUUUCCACACUUACACUUAAUCAAUCAAUCAAUCAAACCAACAAUCAUCUAGUCGACAAACAACAGUUUUGUUUUCUUUUCUAUCAAAGAUUCUAAACGAAAUUCUUGUGACAAAAAAAACAAUAAGUCAAUGAAAAAAGUGAAGAAAUUUCUUUAUAAACUAAACAACAGCAAAAAAAAAAUGAAAAUGGAUCGUCUCUCUCACAUAUAUUCUGUCAACGUUUCAGAAAUUCUAUUUACUUUUUUCAUUUUGAAUUUUCAAAGAAAUUUUCUUACAUUUUCUUUGGCUGUCAUCAACUUACCCAGUUAACAAAAAAGUUAAACAUUUGA